CGAAAAUGAAAAUAGCUUAAUUGGAUUAACAAGCAGUAAUCUUAGGAAUUCUCUCUUAAAUAUAGCUCAUACCAUCGAUUUUCAUAUAUUGAAGUUUUCGGAAAAGCCAUUUGGUCAUAUUCAUUUCAAAACUGAGCAUGACACUGGCAUAUUUUAUCGACAAGUUCAAAAUAAACCAAUUCCCGGUCCUAAGAAACUUAUUUCAAAUUUUCUACCUUCGAAACAAAAAAAUACAAGCUCCAACCCAAGUCCACUAAUAAGUUCUGACCUAAGUCCACAAGCAAGCUCCAACUCUAGUUCACAAGCAAAUUCUGACCCAAGUCUACAAGCAAGUUCUGACCCAAGUUCACAAGCAACUUCUGACCCAAGUUCACAAGCAAAUUCCGACCCAAGUUUACAAGCAAGUUUUGCGAGUUCCCAAACAACAUCUAUAAGUCCUCCUGUCGUUUCCAAUUCUAACAAUAACGAAAUUUACACUCUUAAUCUUUGCAUAAAUAAAAGCCACGAGGACGAUGAUAUAUUUGUAAUUGACAUUCCAAAAAACAAGAAAGCUGACAGCUUAAAACCGAUCAUAAAAAAAAGGUUGGCUCCUUUCUUUGAUCACAUUCCUUCAACAAAAAUUAAACUUUAUAAGAAUGGAUCUGAUGAAAAAAUGAAUCCAACUACCAUCAUUUCUGAAUAUUUUUCAUCGGUACCUGAUUCGGAACGUAUUCAUAUUUUG